AUGUCGCAGCAUCCCCUCAGGUGCCUUUACAAUACAGACGUUGACACGCUUCUCUUGUUAAGGCCCAGGCACGCUGCUGGUGCUGCUCUCCCUGCUGGUUUGUCGUGGACAGCUUUUAGCGUAUGUCCCGGUGCGCAUCAGCUGAAACAGAUAGCGGAAGUUUUCCAAGAUGUGACGUCAGCUGGUGUCUUUGGUCUCGCAUUUUGA